UCUUUGGUGUUGGUAGACCUUGUUAUUUCAAGGUCCUGAUUCAGUCAUUUCAUUUGUUAACCGAAAAUGUUGUCAGCCCUAGUUCGUUAUUUGGGGAACUACAGACUCGGUAUCAUUAUUAUUAAAGAACUUAAACCUUACGGUUACUCAAAAUACGCUAAACGUUACUAUCACAAUAAAAUGUUUGGUGAAGGAGUAGAACUACCUGAAAAAGAUGAACCAAAACGUCCUCCAUAUAAAUGUGGUAGCUUCAAUUCGAAAUUCAAAAAAGCUGAAAAAACUGUGGAAUAUUUCAAUAGAUCAAGAACUUCUCUGGAUUCAAUUUUGAACCUUUUCGAAGAACACAAAGAUAAGGAAGCCCAGAUUUCAUACCUGUUAGAAACAUAUAAGGAUAUUCGUGAAAAAUACUCUAUGGAAGUAGGUAAUAAAAAGAAUUAUCCACUAAUAGUGCUUGAAGGAUUGGAUGGAUCAGGAAAAUCCACCUUAUCCAAACAAUUGGCCAAAAAUUUAGGUGCUGAAUGGAUAUCAACUCCUCCAAAAUCACUUAUUUCAAUUCGUGACAAAUUCGAUGACCCCUUCCAUUGGCGCAGUCCAUUUUAUUAUUUCUGUAAUUAUGUUGCUGCUAUUGAUGUUACUAAAGCUUUGAAGACUAAACCAGUUGUAAUGGAUAGGUUUUGGCAUUCAACGACAGCUUAUGCUUUGGCACAAAUGAAAGAAAAUUACUAUGAUGUCAUGAAAAGUACUGAACUUCCUGAGAAAGGAAGCGAUGUUUAUGAAUGGCCUACGGACUUGUUGAAACCUGAUAUUAUCAUAUAUCUUGAUGUUUCUGAAAAUAUGAGAAUCCAAAGAUUAUCAAGGAGGGCUUCUAAAACUGAUCAGGAGAAUCUUCUAGAAGCAAAGCAGGAGUUCAGAAAAAAUGUUGUACAGGCAUAUGAAAAUAUGGCAAAUCCUGGCAUUUUCAAAGUGAAUGGGGAUCCUUCAUUCAAAAAUGUUUUAGAAAAUGUUACAGCUAAAGUUAAAGAACUUUUUUAGAUUGCAUUUGUAUUAUGGUUUUUUUUUUGUUCAAUAAAAAAGUAAUUACCGAGA